CCCCCGGCGGGGCUCGGUCACUAUAAGUCGGCAGCGCCCAUGGCAGAGGCGCCCCGGCCCGGGCCGAGCAUCCCGGCAGCAUGAUGGGGGAAGAGCCCCCCAACUCCAGCAGGGGCCAUCGAGGCUGGUUCACGGCCAGGAACGGCAGCGGCAGCUCCUUGGACUUGGAGUCUGUGGUGCAACCCCUUGCCUUGAACCCGUGGGAUGUUGUCCUCUGCAUCUCCGGGACCAUCAUCUCCUGUGAGAACGCCGUUGUGGUGGUGGUGAUCUUCUACACCCCGGCUUUCCGGGCUCCUAUGUUCCUCCUCAUUGGCAGCUUGGCCACAGCUGACCUUCUGGCUGGUUUGGGCUUGAUCCUGCAUUUUGCAUUUGUCUACUUCAUCCCAUCGGAGGUGAUCAGCCUGCUCACCAUGGGGCUCCUGGUCACCUCCUUCAUAGCCAGCGUCAGCAGCUUGCUGACCAUCACCAUCGACCGCUACCUGUCCCUCUACAAUGCCUUGACCUACUACUCAGAGACGACAGUCACCAGGACUUACAUCAUGUUGAUCCUCACCUGGGGAACCUCCAUUUGCUACGGGCUCCUGCCCAUCAUGGGCUGGAACUGCCUGAAGGAGCCCUCCACCUGCAGCAUCGUCAAGCCCUUGACGAAGAACCACCUCAUCAUCCUCUCAGUCUCCUUCUUCAUGGUGUUUGCGGUGAUGCUGCAGCUCUACGUGCAGAUCUGUAAGAUCGUCUGCCACCAUGCCCACCAGAUCGCCGUCCAGAGGCACUUCCUGGCCACUUCCCACUAUGUCACCACCCGAAAGGGCAUCGCCACCUUGGCCAUCAUCCUGGGCACCUUCGCCUCAUGCUGGCUGCCCUUUGCCAUCUACUGUCUGCUGGGGGAUUACAGCUACCCGGCCCUCUACACCUAUGCCACCCUCCUCCCUGCCACCUACAACUCCAUGAUCAACCCCGUCAUUUACGCCUUCAGGAACCGGGAGAUCCAGAGAGUGCUGUGGACCGUGUGCUGCGGGUGCUUCUCCUCCACCAUGCCUUUCCGAUCCUGCUUCCCCAGCGACGUCUGACACAUCCCAGCCCUUUUAUCCCCCUUUUCAUCCCCAGAGCUCUUGGAAUCCAGCAGCUCUUCCCAGCCCCAGCUUUUGGGCACAGCCCCUUCUCCUCCUCUAUUUCCCCACUUUUUGAGUUUACAAGAGAGAAAAGCAUAUUUUUUAGUCAUGAUAUAAUCUAUAUUUAUGGGGGGGGAAUCCUCAUAUUUUCUUUACGUCUAUUGAUGAUGCUUUAUUUUUCUAAGGGGGGAUGUUCGUUCACCUCUAUUUUUACAGCCUCGUUCUUUACAUCAGAGAGUUAAUCUAUUUUGUACAUUAGGGGAAGGGGGGGACGCACUCGCCGGAGGAGGGACUCAAACCCACCCCUUCUCCCAUCCAUCCGCUUAUUUAUUAGCUUUAAUUACCAUCUAAUAUGAUUUGAACGCCUCCCUCCUGCCGGCUCAGCGCUGGGGGCUGCUGCCCUCUAGUGCUCGCUGCCUUUGGGUCCCCCCCUCGCAGCACUCGCUCCCCUGCCAAUGCCUUUGCACUGGGGCUGGAUUUGCACAUGGGGGGGUUUGGGGACCCUGCGGUGGGUGCUCGCAACGGGGGGAUGCUUCUUGUUUACAGCCGUUGAGGUCGGGGGAAUAAAAGUAGUUUGUGAUACGAGGAGCUGCUCUUUGUGCUGG